AUGGCGAUGAACGGGCAUUACACCGCCGCCUCAGGUCAGGAUGACGGUCUUUUCGAGGAUGGUUAUCUAGCAGGCAUAGCAGACACGCCACAAGAUUCAUCCUUCAUGGAUGAGCUGAAUGAGAUGGCAGCUAUUCCCGGCGAGGAUCAAGACGGUGGAAAUGAGUUGAACGACAUCCUGGGAGAAGGAGGCGGAAAUAUUGAUCUGAAUACCUUGAAUGAUGAGAAAAUUGGGGGUGAUGGUGACAAGGCUGAUGAUGCGCAAGACUAUGGGGAUAUCUCCGAUGAUGAUCUGGCCGAUGACGAGCCAGUGAGGAGUGGGUUACUUUCUGGCGUCCGGGAAGAAGCUGUGAGCAACGAUGACUACGAUGAUCUAUUUGGUGACGGCCCAUCAAGCCCUCCCACGCUACCUCAAGAUGCAUCAUCCUUCCCUGCCGCUUACCAGGAGGAUGACGGUAAUGCCAGUGACCUUGCCUCGGACAAUGAAGAUCAUAUGAGAUCUGAAGUCGAUCGAUCGCAGCUUGCAACCCAGGACACUACCGAACAAACUUUUGUCGACCCGGCAUGGCUAGAGCAGCAAUCACUCCUGCUCAAAGCUAAGGAGACGCCAGAAGACCCUCAGCUGAGGCUAGAACAUGCUCUGGAAGUCUGUAAACUCCUCUUUCCCGAUUUCAGUCGGGACGAAAUACCGUUUUGGAAUCGCAUCAUUAAACCAUUUACUGCCGAGUUCCCCCGUAAACUUCCUCCGAAGCCUCCUAAGCCAAUUCGUCCUACGAAAGUUCACCUUGAAGUCCAACCAGAUCAGAAGCUUGGUUUCAAUUCGACGAUUAUCUCUGACAAACGGUAUUGGGAGGAUUACGAUCGAAUGGUAGUGAUCGAAGAUCCAAAUGCCCAUCAGGACAACGACGAAACAUCUGACGAUGAUGUUGACAUCGAUGAGAUACUGCCCGGUGGAGUCACAAUGAAAGACCUCGACAUGAUAUGCGCGGACUUCGACACACUCAGCGGUAUUGCCGAAUCAGACGUUGAUGUGCAGGAUGUGGUCAUCAGAAAUGACGAGGAUGCUGAUUUCUUUGCUGAUGAAGACUGGAUGGACACUGACAGGCCUGCGAAACGGAGAAAGCUAGGCAUGGAUCCGAAAGACAUCGUCGCUAGAUACGAAUACAGCAUGCCUUCGUUCGACGAUCCCGAGCAUCUGACCGAAAAGAUCGCAAAGAAGGUGGUACUAGACCUCAACGAUCCUCUUCUCCUCACAGAAGAGAUCGAUCCUGCUACGAUCCGCGCAAAGGCCGAGCUGGCAGACCCAACAAAGAGUAUGCAAAAUGUCAAGGAUCUCCUUCGAGAACGAUUCAAUUACUCCAACGACGCCGAAUACGACCUUCUCAAGCAGAAUCACCAGCACAAGAUUCGUAGCACACUUGGUAAUCUUUCCAUCGAACACUCAACACCCGCUCUUCGUCUUCAAUAUCCUUAUUACCAAGUCAAACUGGCAACUGCACAAGCACGAACUUUCCAUCGACCCAAUCUCACAUUCCGACCAAUGAUGUUAGCACAUUUCAGCAAAAUAAACCGAAUCAAGCGCAAGCACCAGAAAGGCAAGAAGGCCAAAGAGCUAUAUCCCUCUACGAAGGACCUUACCUUUGGUGAUAACUCGACUUCACUUCUCCUGGAAUACUCUGAAGAACAUCCGAUGAUGCUAUCUCAGGUUGGAAUGGGUACCCGAAUCAUCAACUACUACCGACGGCAAACCAAAGAAGAUGCUUCAAGACCCAAGCUAGAUAUUGGCGAAACAGCAGUCCUGCUUCCAGAAGACAAAUCACCCUUCUCCAUUUUUGGCCAUAUCGGACCAGGCCAAACAGCCACAGCUGUCUACAACUCAAUGUAUCGCGCUCCCAUUUUUGAGCAUGAACCGAAGCCCCAAGACUUCUUGAUUAUCAGAAGUCAUACUGGGCAGUAUGGAUCGCACUUCUUUAUGCGCAACAUAGACCACAUAUACACUGUAGGUCAGGAGUUCCCGUCAGUGACGGUGCCUGGACCACAUUCCCGUGUCGUUACGACUGCAUCCAAGAAUCGCCUGAAGAUGAUAUCUUAUCGGAUUGCCCGUCGAAAGAAAAGCCAGCGCCUUAGUGUGGGCGAUGUUACCAAGCAUUUUCCUGACACGACAGAUAUGCAGAAUCGGCAGAAGAUGAAGGAGUUCAUGACAUACUCGAAAGAGCAUAAGGAAUGGGAGAUGAAACCUGGAGAAUUCAUCCCAGAUGAGGAACAACUGCAGCAAAUGGUGAGACCUGAAGAUGUUUGUCUACUGGAGUCAAUGCAAGUUGGUCAACAAUAUCUUUACGAUGCCGGAUUUGGAGGAGAUGACGCUGAUGACGAUGACGAUGACAAGGAAGGCCAGGGUCAAGCAAUAGAGCAAGAACUUGCACCUUGGAAGACAUCCAAGAACUUCCUCAAUGCAUCUCAGGGAAAGGCCAUGCUUACUCUCCACGGUGAUGGCGAUCCAUCAGGACGUGGUGAAGCCUUUUCUUUCCUCAAAACAUCUAUGAAAGGUGGGUUUAAGGCUAUCGGAGAAAGUGCAAUGAGCAAGAUGGAGGAGAAGAAGGAGCUUGGUGGACAUAGCUACAACGUUGCCCGACAGCAGCGUUCGUACGAAGAGUCAAUUCGCCGAAUAUGGGCAGCACAGAAGGAAGCGCUCUCCUCACACGUCGAGCCCUCUGCCGAAGAAAUGGACGACAAUGUGGAUGGACCUGAGGGAGGAGGGCCAUCCAACGUCUUCCCUAGGGCCUCUGCUAGAUCUGAAGCCACAACGCCGGCACCUUUUGGCAGACGGGAUGACGACUCCAUAACUUCUUUCAGCAAGAGAAGCACAGCUAGCCAGACGAGGAACCGAACCCUCAAAAUAACAAGGAAAAUACCUAACAGCGACGGUGAAUUGGUUGACACGGUUCAUAUCGAAAGAGAUGCUGCUGUGAUUAAGCAGUAUCUGAAGAAGCGAAGUGCGAGGAACGCAGCAACCAGGGCACUCGAAGAUGUUGUCCCCACAGGUGACGCUGAGCAGGACGCACUUGACAAGAAACGACUUGCCCUGGAACUUGCCCGUCUCGAACGAAACCGUGAGCGACGCUUCGCCCGCGAGAAAGCCAAAGGCAUUACCGCAGCAUCGCCCUCCGAGGCAGGAGGUGCUGGUUCACCUGGGUCCCCGUCCGGCUCUACGAUCGUCACAGGCAAGCAACACCAAGGCACGCAAAGGAAAUGUGCCAACUGUGGCCAGGUGGGACAUAUCAAGACAAACAAAAAGUGUGCCCCUGGAUUUUCUUCUCAUAAUUUCAUUCUUGCUGCUGCCCCUACUUCCAGGAAGAGGAAGGCCUCCGCCGUUGCUUCAAUGCCGAGGAAAAGGCAGAGAAACACUGCUGCCCAACGCUGA